UCGGUAUUCUGUAUUAAAGUACUCAGUAUUGCUCCUCUAACGCGGGCACUGAUCCUCCAUCCCCUCACCCAUUCGAGCCGGGUUGCGCAUCCCGCACCCCUCUGCUCCUUGGAGUUGCUACGAAAGCCCCGAGCGACGCAAAGGAUGGGCCAGCCCCGGUUGCGUAGGCCGUGAGCUCAACAAAUAUGGAUCAGCGGAAAGCACCUCCAUCAGCCACGAGAUCAAACAGCGACUCCAGUGGCAGGGCGAACGACGCGAUGGUCCCAGUCGAGAAUGACAAUCCAAUGCGAGCGCCAAGUGCAGCAUCCAUGCUGUUGCAAGCGUCGCCCGCGGCCAAAGGCGCCUCCCACCGACAGCAAGCGCUGAAGGCGAGUGGCAAUCAUGCCGCUCCGGUGAUCGCCAAUGGGCAUCAUGCGGCCAUUCCGCAAGGUCAGGCAGGGCCCUCCAAGGUGGCUUUGAGCUCGCAAUCACCUACAUCCAGCUCGAAUUCAGGCAUCGCCGGGCUUCCGGUGCGAUCACCAGCCACUGCUUCUACUACUUCUGCAAUGGCACCAAGCCCAGCGCUGCACCAACUGCAAUACCAGCUACAGCAACAGCAGCAGGGCAGUCGGAAGUACGUGCCUCCGCUGAGUGCACGGGCCAUGGAGAAGCGACCCAUGCUCGACUUGCAAAUCCCGCUGGAGAGGUUAGAAGCCGAAGUACAGCAUGAGCCCGAGGGCCUUAUACCAUUGACCGACGUGGUCACGAGACUGGCGAACUAUGGCUACGAGAGCUUGCAGAAUUUGGGAGAAACCAUGAGCUCCCUCUCAGGUGAACAGCGUCGAAGCAAGAUCUACAACACGGCUCUCGAGGCCCGCCGACAAUUCAUCAAGCUGCUAGUGCUUUCCAUAUGGAGCAGCAAGGCCCCAGGCAUCAUUAGAACGAGGGAUCUGAUUGGCCUAGUUAACGAGCAAUUCAAUCAGAGCAACGACGUUGUUCAAGAGUUGACUGCGAUUCGGCGAUCGCUUCCCAAUUCAAGAGCCCGCCAAUACGAUCUGGAAACUGCGGCAGAUGUCCUGAAUACAGGCACGUACUCUCGUGCACCUCAUUCAGUCGGAGGGUUCUACGAAGUCCAAAGAGAAUACACUGAUGCAGAGGCGAAGCAGAUUGUUGAGGAGCUCAACGAAGCCAUCCAAAUCCGUCUGAGCUGCGGAGAGAAUCUCCCGGAUGAGUUGUGUGACUACUCGAUCGUGGAUGGGAGGGCCAUCUUGCGCGCCUCGAAUCUAUUCGAAGCGUCGAUUACUCUCUCUGGCAAAGACCCACAAGAUCGAUGGUACCUGCUGUCCAUCGAAUUCGAUAUCUCUGUCGUUGGGACUGGCUCACAGCAUUUUCCACGGCAGCCGAGCAAGUUGCAGCGAACGCGAAUCCAGACGCAGGCGGACGCUGUCCUCACGCCGCGAGGUCUCGAACCGGAAGGAGGCCUCGUAGCAGAGACGGAGGCCAAGCCGCCAGAUCGGGACAUGGCUGGCUGCAGUUCUGAUCCAGAGGCUCUGACCCGGCUUUUUUCUUUCCUUCGCACGUGCGCUUUGGGUUAUCAGCUCGAAGCCUUGCAUUAUCAGGCGCGACAACUUGUUUCACAAGAAUGGGGCGCAAACCUGGCGGUCGAGUGGCAUCCAGGACGGUCUUUACAGCUCAGGUAUUGGAAUCUCCUCGUGCCUCCAGCACAAAAUCGAUCGCAAGCAGUAGCACGGAAACCGCAAGAUUUGCUCACGAGUGGUGUCAUCAUCAUUGAAGUCCCUUCAGAAGAUACGGGUUCUAGCGAUGACGAAGGGGAGGGCCUGCAGCGUCGCUCAAAUGCAAGACUGACAGUAAAGAGGCCCGCCUCGAAUGUUUGUGGCGCAGAUGAUCCACAAGUGAAUUGCAAAGAGCUCGAUCUCGGGCAGAUCAUGCGCACCGUGACGGCCGAGCAGGCCCAGCAUAGUCUGCUGCGUAUCGUGAAGGCCGCGCUCCCAGCUGACGAGCCCACAGCACUGUUGGACAUCGCCCGGCGGCGGGUGAGUGUCGAGCUCGCGCUUCCCGCAGGACGGAGCCUCGAAGUCAGUUUGUCGUGCGUGUCAGGGAGGCUGGAUCUUCAUCUCGCCGACAACGCAGAAGGCCGCCAGCCGACAGCCCUGGCCAAGGCGCUUGGUAGCUUUGCGGGUCUGCUGGCAGACAGCACUGCGCGCGUCAAUGCUGAUCCUCGCCGUUUUGCGGAUGUCUGGAGGGCGAUCAGACUCGAGGUCAUGAUGCAGGAUACGGAGCAGCGUCUCGCCUUUGCCGGACUGCAGAGUACGAGGAAGCUUCCAUUUGCGGAUGGAGAGGUGCUCAAGCUGGAUGGGAUGCGCCGAUUCGCAUUCAUUUAUGCUCCUGUCGACCGUUGGCCCUCUUAUUAUCUUAUUGUCGCUAUUUCAGCCGAGGACAUUAGGGUCGGGCUCAUCUGUGCGGACUUCUCUCCCUCGGGUGGAGCGCUAUUCACCAUCCAUUCGAUUGAAUGGAUCGACCGGGAACGGAUUCGCGAAGCGGCGGGCGAAGCUGCCCACGCAUUCCCCCUCAUGCUGACCGCAAACGAGAUUCGGCAGGCUCACAAUUACUGCAUCGCCAUCAUUUGCUACUUUAGGGUGGAGCAGCAGCUCAAUAAUUGGCAGGUCCCCUUCGCUCGCGUGCGUUCGUGGCCACCCCAGCUGCAGGAAGAGAGACAGCUUGCAACGCGCGAGGUCCAUCCGUCCAAGAUUGACGCGCUCAUACCGUGCCUCUCGCUCAACAGCCAGGAGCUCCUAGGGGAGUUCAGUGAGAUGGUCAAGCCCAAUGUCUUCCUCUGCAUUGACGACUGGUGGGAGCGCACCAAUGUGCACGCACGAUUCGCUAUCUGCUGGAAAGCGAAUCUGGGCAUCUCUGCCGAAUCGACCAACACUCCGGAAGGGUUACGCGUCUCUUACGAUCCCAGCACGAGGAUCAUGCGCAUCUCGGCAUCCGACAUAGAUCGCUGCGUAGACGCAUUCAAGCUGUUCGCUCUGCGCAUUUCGCGCGUUGCCGUCUUGGCGAAGGCGGUCGCACGUGUGCAGAAGCGUAAAAUCAUCCCAAAGCUCAGGCUCAACGAGCUCAGUCUCAGCCAGAUCAGCUUUGAGUACUGCGGCGGCUUCACAGCCACGGUGCGGUGGGUGAUGCAUCUAGGCGGACAGUGGCAAUAUCGUCUCAGCCUUCUGGCGCGAGACGCGGCGGAGAACCCGCACAAGCUCAUCGAGCGCCAUUUAGAGGCUUACUUGAACAACACAACAACUUCCUCGUCCGUCCACUGGCUCCGCUUCUUGCGUCUUCUCCGUGAUACCUUCCCAAUGCUCGAUUCUCUGCAAGCACUUCAAAAAAGCGGCGAAGGAACGUCCCAACAGCUCACAAUUGAGGCUUUGAGCGUAUCGCAAGUCCUGGUCCUCUUUCGGAAGAACUGUGCUCUCGACAUUCGCCUCAUCUCAGGCUCACGCCUGCUGCUUUCGGACGGGUAUCGAUGCGGCUUACACUCUGGGCAAUACCCUACUCUGGGCUUCAACCCGCGCGCGCCUCGCGUGCAGCUCCCAGAAUUCUGCAAGGUCGUGCAGAGCACAUAUGAGCAAAGCAAGCUUGAGCUUGAGCCUCUGGUCGCCAAACUUGCAGAGGAAAGUGCUUCGCCGGAGGCAGCAAUAGGCAAAGGAAUCGAUUCUCACGCUGCAGCGCGUAAGGGCACUGUACAGCCGCUCGUAACGAACCUGCGCCACAGCCUUUUGUGCCGGGCAGACGACGAAGUGGCACGACCGAUCGUUACCAUGUUGGUCACACGCAUCCUUUCUGGCCAUACAAUGUAAUCCGCUGCGAGUCAAGCAUCAAAAAUACGGCGAAGGUGUCUCCCAUACUUUUCUGUACUACCGCCGAGGUGGAGGCCUUGAGUCUCUCGCUUCCUUGCUCGCUGCCCAGACCGGACCGCUGUCAUCCUGCUCUCGCGCUCGCUGAGAAUCCGAGAUACUGCCACUUCAGCCGACGUACGGCAUGAGUCGUAACCAAGGGUCCCGUACUCACUGCUAUUUGUUCUGCGAGCGCUGCCUUUCGGGCAGCCGCUUGUCGCUGCUGGUCCACUUGCCGCUUCAGAUCAGGACUCAAUUUGUCGUAGAAUUCUUUCUCAGAGGG